GACUUGAACAAAACAGUAAAAGAAGGCUCUGCUUCCCAUGUUUGGUGUUUGGUCGUCGAGCAUAAUCUUGUUUACGAUCAUGGGAAGUGAGUUGGUGAUUUCCAGCAAACGACGCUACGAUAUUAGCAUGUCAAAAAGAACCAGAAAGCCAUGGAAUCUGAAACCAACCGACGAGAAUAUCAUUAAAGUACUUUCUCUGCAGGCUACGGUGAUGGAUUCAGCUGCUGCAGAAGUUGACAAAGGAAAAGCUGAAGCUGACAAGGAAGAAGAAGACGAAGAAGAAGAAGAAGAAGGGAUUGAUGGAAAGAGCUUGAAGCAACUAAUCAAUGGCGAUGAGGAUGACGAGAAGAAAAACAGGAGUUCUUUAGAACAGCACUUCAAACAAGAUCAGGACAAGAAUCUUCAACUGAUAAAGAGGCAACAAAAUGACGGAGAUAGAGUGAAGCUAAAAGGGAUGAUGAGCCGAUAUGUAAAGGUUUGAGCCAUUUGAUCACCUCA